AUGGCAACCACAAAUGCAAUUAAAGACCUGCUUGUAACACACGACGCAGAGAACGGAUUGCUCUUUGAGAAAAAUAUCUCAAUUCCCAGAGCUGGGACAUUUCCAAUCAGGUGCAAUUUUCCAGUCUUGGUAACUUACGGUCCUUACGGAAAAACAUACCAUACUCGAAGUAUGCUAAACUUCGUUGAUUCUCCAUUCAGCGAAGUUAACGCAGAGCAUAAGUCGAAAUAUAGUGCCGACGAGCGUGGUCUCGGGAAAUCUCCUGGCCUCCUGGAUACAAUGUCGAAAGGAACAGGCGAAUGUCUCUUUAACGCGGUUGAACGGGCUGCCGAACAGUCAUGGUCUUCUGGAAAAGUCGGACUUCUGGGCAUCAGUUACUACGCAGGCAGCCAGUGGCGAGUUGCAGCACGCCAGCCUAAAGGCCUCGCAGCCAUUAUCCCCUGGGAAGGGAUGUCAGAUUACUACCGCGACCGUUGUCGCCAUGGGGUAUCCUCUAGGACGCAUCUAUUAGGCUUUGAUACGAUCGAAAGAGAUUUGCCUCUUGAGAUUCUCGCUGCGAACCGGAGAGACCAGAACGAAGACAAUGUUAAUAAUUGUUUCCGGGAUGAGGAGUACUAUUCCUCAAAAGAGUUCAACUUGGAGGAUAUCAAAGUUCCUCUCCUUAGUAUGGCGAAUUGGGGCGGGAUUUUACUCCACCUACGCGGUAACAUGGAGGGUUAUACUUGGGCUGGCUCGCAAUUUAAGCACUUGCGAUUCAUCACAGAUCGUCACGAUUUGCCUUUCUAUUAUCAUGACGAAGUCGAAGACACAGUUGGGUGGUCAAUCCCUGGGAAAGUCUCUCCCGUCUCGAUGGUCGUUCAAAAAGGAUACGAGGGGUUCAACAAUCCCAAAGCUGAAGCAUUGUAUGAAUGCAGAGAAGAGUCAGCUUGGCCGAUUCCGAGAACACAAUACAUCAAGUACCAUUUAGUAUCGGGCGGCUCCCUCUCCACUUCGGCACCAUCCCAAAGCCAAGAAAUGACUAUAUCUUGCCAAGCCCUCGGAUCACUUGAAAAGCCAGAACUUGUGCAAUUCUCAACAGCUCCGAUGGAUCAAAAUACGGAAAUCACUGGCAAAGUCAUUGCACGUCUCAGUGUCUCUAUUGCACCGGAAGAUCCAUCAUCUGUAGGCGAAAAGGACAUCGACCUCUUCUUGACUCUCCGAUACAUUGCCACUUCCGGUGACGAGGUCCACUACACCGGUACAGCAGGUGACCCCGUUCCUCUCGCAAAAGGAUGGCUACGUAUCAGCAUGCACAAAGUCGACAAAAAGAACCCCAAGAAUCAGAGUCACAUUCCUCAUAGAAACUACUUCUUGCCAGAUGUUCAGGAGGUGAAAGCUGGACAAGUAUAUACUAUGGAUGUGGAAAUUUGGCCUAUGAAUGUGAUUGCUGAGAAAGUGGAAGAAUUGUGUUUGAAGCAUCUUCCGGGGAUACCCGAGGGAGUGGAAUCUUCUAACACACGCACGAGCGAGGUUGAUAAACCGAGGAGCAAAUUUGCGGGGAUGAAUAAUAUUCAUUUUGGACCGGGGUUGGAGAAUUAUGUCACAUUGCCUAUAGUCCCAGAGAAGGAGUAG